AUGCAUCUUCCCAAGGUGCUGCUGUACGGCAUUCUCGCGUUCCUCGCGUGCGCGAUGUCGGGCAUUCAAGCUCGACCCUUCGGCGACGGACCUACAUGGAUUCGCUCGUGCGACGACAUCCCCACCGAGGCUACGUUGGCCGGGACGACGCUCACGAUCCUCUCGUCAAUCGACUGUGGCGACAACCCCAAGACGAUCGUCGUUACCGGUGACACGGUGGUGCGCUCCCACGCCCCGAUGAACACCAUGGGCAUUGCCUUGAAGGUCCACGCUGGGGCCAAGUUGACGAUCCGCGCGCCAACAGUCGUGAUGAAGAGGAGGGAGAUUAAGGUAUUCUACAGCCUACGUUUAAGGCUUUCCCAUACCUCCGGUACUGUGGUUAUUUCAUCGUGGUGUUCCUUCCCGCUGUAUAUUUCAAUGAAGGCAAUCUCCCCCCUCCCCUGCGCGCGCGUGCGCCGCUGUUACACUGUUCGACUAAAGAUGGACAACCAACCCAUCCUUCGGGUCUUCGGGAACGUCCAAUUUGACGUGACCAGGUGGCUCCCCGAGCACCUCGAUGGCACGCUGGUGAGCUCAAAAGCGAUGAUUGAACAACCUGCCAAAGAUUUCGCCGCCAUGUGUUCGAUGGACAAGGACGGGGUUGUGGCCUUCGAGGGCCAAGGGUCCCUAGAAUCUCGAAACACCAUUAGGUACACGGCCACGUCUGUCGUGGUGGCCGACCCUGCGGCCGCAGACCAGAAGGAGGCCGACCUUACGGCGUCGAGUAUGCCUACCGACCCUGAGCUUCGCAGGAAGCUGGACAUCCGCCACGCCAAGAGCAACAGGGAACGCGACUCCGCCGCCGCCACUGCCGCUACCGUCGGAGAAGUCGCCGACGAAAAGUUCUCCUCCUCCGCCACCACCCCUAGCCGCGCCGCGGCGGUCUCCACUGUUGUUGCUGCUGCUCCCGACGACAGCGAUGAUGGCGACAAGACCGCCUCUGCAUCCGAGGCCACACCCGCUUCAUCUACUGCCACCGCUACGCCUGCAACGCCCGCGACAGGCACUGCUGCCGACCCGAGCACUCGGGCGGACGUUGGCACCAACCCCGCUUCCGGUGCGUCGAUGGCCGAGUUCAUGACGGGCAAGGCCCGUCACGCUCGCACCGUCAACGACCACGGCAAGAAGGCCGUCGCCGGUGGCGGGGGCGAGGGUUCUUCACCGAUUCCCGUUUCGAAUUCUUGGACCACCAAGAAGAAGGCACGCCAGCACAGGCAGCAGCAGCAGCAGCAGCAGCAGGAGGAGGAGGAGGAGGAGGACCGGCGCCAUAGCAAGCGCAACGGUACUGGCGGUAACAACAACAACAACAACAACAACAACAACAACAACAACAACAACAACAACGACAGCAACCGCAACCGCAACCGCAACUCGUUCUCCCCGCCCAACGAGUUCCACGACGAGAACGUCUUGCGGGCCGAAAGAUUUCUGUUCGGGAAACUAGUGAGCCCGGGCAAGAAGGCCAUGAUUUACGUCUCGCCCAACUCCGGCUCCGUCGUGCACGCCGCGUCCGUCGGAAGGGCACCCCGGGACGAGGAAGGGCGAGAGAUCGGUCCCGUACCGCAGAAACUGAUGACUGUUCUCACCCCCAACGAGCAGCAGAUGUCCAAGAUCGAGAGGAACCGUUCCGAAAUCUGGGCGCAGAGGUUGGAGAGAAGUAAGGCUUUGCGCGAGGGCCACGAACUCAAGAGGUCAAAGAUGGCCGCCAUCAUGAGCGUUUUGCCGUUUGGCAAGAACGGCUUCCGCCGGAGGCGAGCGCGGGAGCACGCGGAGGCUCACUUGAUGGAGGCCACGCUGAAGCUCACCAACAGGGGAACCUUGGAGGUUUCCAUCGACGGCACAAUCGUGCAGCGCAAAUCCCGGCCAUCUUGGCUCGGGUUCCUGAGGAGGAAAGACCCUUCAUUCGAGCUGCGAGUCACGAUGGAAGGGAUAGAGAUUUAUCGACGAGGGAAACUUGACUGGGUCAUCAAGGCCGAGGACAUUUUCUAG